UUGUGACAGAGAAUAAGGAUAUGUACGUAUUCUGUGUUCAUGUGAAGGUAUCGAUGAACAAGUCUGCAGUCUAGGUACGUCUAAACUCCUGCAUCUAUUCUAUUGAACAACCAAGCCACUCUCUCUUUUCAGGCAAAAGACGAUACGAUAAAAAGCUCCUCAGCGUUCAAUCGCUUUCGCCAAGAUAAGGAUAUUUCUAUUCUAUGCCCUGGCCAAAACGCUCCAACAAAAUGCCCUCCCAUGAACAGACUCAUUAUCCCUCUGUCGCCGGUCGACAACAAGAUCAAUGCCCCCAAGCACGAGUACGGUGGGAAAAGGUCAUGCCAUAUCUCAUUUGGUCACGUUGGUGUAUAACGAGACUUAUUCGUUGGUUGACUGGAGCAUCACCACCUGAACCCCCUAUUCCCGAGACCAGAUCGACCUGGGACACAGGGCUUUGUUCAAUGGAAAUUCCUAUCAGUGAGGUUCCAAUUGCGCGGGUACCCCUUCGUACAACCCGUUACUAUGAGACUAGAUCGCGUGACCAGGAGUCUCAUAGCCAAUCUCUUGCUUCUCCCACUCCAAGGAGUUCUGACUUCUCCAGUUUGGGGUAUAUUGAGAAUGGGUAUUUCAUCCCGCCUAUAAGACACUCUGAUGAGAACGCUCCUAUCCCUUCUAGUAGUCAUAUGUUAAGCACCACAGAGAUGACUGUCCACCCAAGCCCAGAGGAAGCUGCUACCCUUCCUGCCGAGACGGUUCGCUGGCCCUUACUAUCCUCUUCUUCUGAGUCCGAUGAGGAAUUAGACGACGAAUCAGAUAUGAAGAUGCAAGCUGCGCAAUCCAUAGUUAAGCUGCGCAGACGCUUUCAGUCAUCUUCUUCUGAGUCCUAUGAGGAUUCAGAUGAAGAAUUAUAUGGGAGAAUAAGAGCUACGGCCUCCAUGGCUAUGGUGUGCAGAAACCCUCGCAGAGCUCUUCGUAUUACGACUGGCGGUUUUUGUGAAGCUUUACAGUCUCACACAUCCCUUGCCAGUCCCUCUCCUAUAGAGGGCUUCUCGUCAGACCCUGGGACUUCUUUAAACGCUUCAUCUCUUGCAUUUGGUGUUGCAUCUACAGCCGAGGCCACCGAAGACGGGUAUGAGGAAGAGGAAAACGAGGAAAACGAAGAGGACGAGGAAAAGCCUGCCGCUGUGCGAUCGAUACUAGUUUCUCCAGUUGGUCGACCAACUUUGAUCCACCUACCUGCUCGACCGCAAGUAAGCUCAGGAAACCGAGUUCUAGGUUCUCCCUAAUCCGAUUGAUAACGUGAUUGAAAGAGGUCGUUGGUCGAAUUGAUCUCAGUGAAAGAGAAACGAGAAGGAAACGAAUUAAGAACGGAGAGGGUUGGUCCCAGCCUCCAGGUGCAGGUGUCACGAGAAAAGUCGUUGGCUAUUUGAUCUGGCUUUUAGAAACGGAA